CAACAACAGAGUCGAAUUAAUUGAGCAAUUAUUGUAUCUAUAUCUAUACAUUAAUGAGGAGCCAUAUACGACUUUAUCCGCGGCUAAUUUCAGAAUCCUGGACGGUCUCCUAUCAGUACAAUCCCCACACUGCACAAUGAAGUUGCGUACCAUAUUUGUUCCCCGAUUCCUUCCGAUUGCGCUUAGCCUGCAAGGAGAAAGACGUAAGAGGGAGCCAUAG